UUUCCCUCUCCCCAACUCUCCCUCAUACUAUAUACCAAGGCUCACGGACAAUGAAGACCUGGAUCCUUCUCCUCGCAGCUGUGGCGGCUGUUGUCAACGCCGCUGCGCUUAAUGUUGAGCCCAUCGAUGAAUCCUCCCUUGGUGGGCUGGAGAAGCGAUGCGUUGGCGCUGGCCUUCCGUGCUCCUCCGGAGCUGAUUGCUGCAGUGGUGCCUGCCGGACCCUGUUCGGUCGCUGCGUGGGUCCUUAGAGGGAAUCUCUUCAGUUCUCCACUGGCAGCCCGAGUAGAUCAGGUUCGUCAGGUUGGACGUGCUGUCUCUUGGACAUUACCGUGGCCCGAAGCCAGGUGGACGUCUCGAUCAAGCCUUGCCCGGCCCCGGCACUCGGGGUUUUUCAUGGGGACGAACUGCAGGCACGGAUUACCAAGGUUUCACCCAUUGUCACUAGAAUGUGGACUGCAAGUGUCCUCUUCUGUAUACCUAACACGGUAAAUAAGAAUAGCC